AUGGGCCUCACCACCCCCGCCAUCAUCGUCAUCGUCAUCGUCGCCUGUCUGGCCGCCGUGUCGUUGGGCGCCGCGCUCACCCGCCAGCUGAACCCCGCCGAGUCCUACGAGAGCCGGUUCCAGCCCUCGCAUGCCCAGGAGAUGUAUAUGCGGUCGGUGCGGAUGAGGACUCUGGGGACUUUUCGGCGCGAGAGUCUUUUUUCGGCUGCAUCGCGGGGGAUGGGCAGGGAUCUGGAGAGCCGAUCGAAUGGUAACGGACUCCGUUCGCCCCGCCAGUUCCGCCUUCUUGGCACGCAGAGGGAUCCUCUUGGCAUCCCCCCCCUGAUUGGCUUCCUGGCGCACGUGUGUCCCCUGCGCACAACCAUUAAUGACGGUGCCAAGCGGUCGGCCCAUGCCAGUGCCAAUGCGCGCGAUUCUCGGCGCCAAGGGGAGCUGGACGGAUCGAGUUUUCGCACCGUGGUGGGGUUCCUGUUCUCCCUGGAGGUUUAUAAACUGGCUGUUCCCCUGUCGGCCGGUUAG